AUGCCCAACCGCCCCCCGAUCCCAGCACCAUGUCAUACGCUCAGCAACCGUUCCCGAAUCCGGCAGCACAACUGCGGUCCCUGUACGGGACCAUCCCCAUGUGUCGACCACACCCCCCAGCCCCCUGCCAGGAGCGGGAUGCCUGCAGUGGAACCCGCUCACAGUGGAGCACGUCCCAGGAGUAGCCAUGACCGCCGUAGUAGCAGUCCCUGGUCCACGACCGAUCACACAGGUCAUCCAGGAGUUCAUAAAGAAGAGUGUGGCCAGCAGAUUGCAGCUAAGGAACUAAAUAUUUAUUGUCAUCAGGAUCAUAACUUCAUGACUGCCAGCAUACCAACCCACAGAUUGUUUGUCCAUGUGCGACGCCUUGUAGCAAAAGGAUAUAAGGUUGGAGUAGUAAAACAAAUGGAAACUGCAGCCCUGAAGGCUGCUGGAGAAAAUAAAAGCUCUGUCUUCAGCCGGAAACUCACUGCUCUCUACACAAAGUCAACCCUUAUUGGAGAAGAUGUGAACCCUUUGCUGAAGCUAGGUGAACCUGUAGAUGUUGAGGAGGCAACAACAGAUGUCCCUGAUAACUACCUCCUCUGUAUCUGUGAAAAUGGAGAAAACUUAAAAGACAGGAAGAAAGGUGACAUUGUUAUAGGUAUUAUGGCAAUCCAGCCAACUACUGGAGAAGUAAUUUUUGACAGUUUCCGGGAUUCCGCAUCUCGCUUGGAAUUAGAGAGUCGGGUUUUGCGCCUACAACCAGUUGAAAUAAUACUUCCAGCUAGCUUGUCAGAUCAAUCUGAAAAGCUCAUCAGCAGUAUAACUUCCAUGAGGUUACGGGACGACAGAAUUAGGAUAGAAAGGAUGGAAAACUUCCACUUUGAAUACAGCCAUGCUUUGCAGCUGAUUACUGAUUUUUACGCAAAGGAAGUGCCUGGUAAUACAGGUCCUCAAAGACUGUCUAUAAUACUAAGCUUGGAUAAGCCUGUUAUUUGCUCUCUGUCAGCAGUAAUUGCAUACCUCAAAGAAUUUAAUUUGGAGAAGAUGCUUUACAAUCCAAGCAAUUUCAAAUGGUUGUCAAGUGAAGCUGAAUAUAUGACAAUGAAUGGGGCAACAAUGAAAAAUCUGGAAAUUUUACAGAAUCAGACUGAUAUGAAGACAAAAGGAAGCUUGCUCUGGGUCCUGGAUCAUACUAAAACUUCCUUUGGACGUCGAAGAUUGAAGAAAUGGGUAACCCAGCCCCUCAUGAAAUCCAGUGAAAUAAAUGCCCGGCUUGAUGCUGUGUCUGAAAUUCUGCAAUCAGAAUCCAGUGUGUUUGGUCAGAUUCAAAAUCUUCUUUGUAAGCUGCCAGAUAUAGAGAGGGGCCUCUGCAGUGUUUUUCACAAAAAGUGCUCAACGCAAGAGUUCUUCUUGAUAGUCAGCACCCUGUCUCGUCUGGACUUGGAAAUUCAAACUCUCAUGCCAGUAAUACAUUCUCAUGUGAAAACUCCUCUACUACAAAAUGCACUACUAGACAUCCCAGAACUUCUCUCUCCAGUAAAACAUUAUUUAAAGAUCCUUAAUGAAGAAGCUGCCAAGACUGGAGAUAAAACUCAGUUGUUCAAGGACCUUACAGACUUCCCUGUCAUCAGAAAGAAAAAGGAAGAGAUCCUGGAUGUGCUUUCUAAAAUCCAGUUGCAUCUGCCAGAUAUUCGUAAACAGAUUAAGAAACCUUCUGCAGAGUAUGUUACGAUUUCUGGUCAAGAGUUUUUGAUAGAAGUCAAGAAUUGCCAUAAAUCCUGUGUGCCAUCUGACUGGGUUAUGAUUAGUAGCACAAAAGCUGUCAGCCGUUUCCACUCUCCUUUUAUUAUAGAAAAUUACAGACACCUGAAUCAGCUCCGAGAGCAGCUAGUCCUUGACUGCAAUGCUGAAUGGCUAAAUUUUUUAGACCAGUUUAGUGAACAUUACCACCCUGUGUCUAAAGCUAUUGGUCACCUAGCAACUGUCGACUGUCUGUUCUCAUUGGCCCAGGUGGCUAAACAAGGAGACUACUGCAGACCAACUGUGCAAGAUAAUCGACAAGAAAUUAUUAUAAAAAAUGGGAGGCACCCCGUGAUUGAUGUGCUUCUGGGAGAACAGGAUCAGUAUGUUCCAAAUACCACUAACCUUUCAGCAGAUGGUGAAAGGGUCAUGAUAAUAACUGGACCGAACAUGGGAGGAAAGAGCUCCUAUAUAAAGCAGGUUGCGCUGAUCACAGUCAUGGCACAGAUUGGCUCAUACGUUCCUGCAGAGGAGUCAAUAAUUGGUGUCGUGGAUGGUAUUUUUACCAGAAUGGGUGCAGCAGACAACAUUUACAAAGGUCGAAGUACUUUUAUGGAAGAACUGACAGACACUGCUGAGAUAAUAAGAAAAGCAACUUCAAGAUCACUAGUGAUUUUGGAUGAAUUAGGAAGAGGAACUAGCACACACGAUGGAAUCGCUAUUGCUUAUGCUACACUUGAGCAUUUUAUUAAAGAUGUGGAGUCACUGACACUGUUUGUCACUCACUAUCCAUCUGUUUGUGAGCUAGAGAAGGUAUAUCCAGAAAAAGUUGGUAAUUACCACAUGGCUUUCUUGGUGAAUGAGGAGGAAAGUGCUAAACUGAAAGGGUCUGAAGAUGAAGAGAAUCCCGAAUUUAUCACUUUUCUUUAUCAAAUAACAAAAGGAGUCUCUGCAAGGAGUUACGGGCUAAAUGUUGCCAAACUGGCAGAUAUUCCUGAAGAAAUCUUGAAGAAAGCAGCUUACAAAUCAAAGGAGAUGGAGACAAUGGUGAAUAUGAAAAGAAAAAAGCUCAAGUCCUUUGCUGAAGUAUGGAAGAUAAAUGGUUCUCAAGAACUACAAAAAUGGAAGAGUGUGUGUGAACCUGAAGAUGAAAGAAAGGACAGUUUUUAA